AUGAAGAUCUCUUGUUUGAAGAUCGGAAACAUAAUAAUAAACAGGUUUGAUGCUGGGUUAUUUAAUGAAGAUGGAUGGAAGUUUAUUCUGCUAGCUUUUGUUAAUAUGGUGGGGGUACGUACAAACAAUUGGCUCGGUCACGUCAUAGGGGUGAUGGAUGGAGUUAAUACUUGGGGAAAUAAGAGGGGGCUAAGCUUGUAUCAAGGAAAGGUAGUUCCCGCGGUGAUCUUUGGAAUGGUACGCGGUUUUGAGGAAGUUGUCGUUCUCAUCCCCGGAGAUAUUCUUGACACGGAUACUCAAGGGAAUGAAUGA